AUGUCUGGCUUAGAUAGCAUCGCUCUCGCUGUGGCGCACUUAGAAGAACGUCAAAAGGAAUCCAAUCCCGCGAUUCUUGGCAGAAAUCCCUCAGAUGCUUCUGCUGCGUCUUCUGUAAUCCCAGUGAACGCUGCAUCUGCAUCUGCCUCAGCUGCUAAUUCAGCUUCACAGACCAUGGCUCCAGCAGCCUCGUCUCUCUCACACAAUAGAAGGUCUCUGCCUUCCAAUCACAUACCUUCUCCGCCACCUCGAGCAAUUCAUGUGUCGCCUGCUGCUCGUGUGGUUUCUGUGGAUGAGCCAUCUUUUAAUGCUGCUCAUGCCAUGGCAAAAUCACACCCACCAAGCAGAAACAACAACAGCACUGUUGACUGCAAUACUAACAAUAACGGAAACAGCACCUUUGGCUGCAUCCUUGCGGAUCCAAUCAAGUGGCUUCAGAAGACUCAAGACAGACCUCCGCUUCUGCCACCUUCCGAUCUGGUGCAAAAAGUGGAACCUGCAGAUGUGCUCUGUGGAAGGGGUGGUGAAACCAAUCACCAUCCAGGCAAUGUCCAGUACCGCCUACUGGUCAAGGCCUUUCAACCUCUCUAUGUUUCUGCCAAACGUAGAGACAAGCCCCUGAUUGCGCAGUGCAUUGUGUACAGUGUACGUCAAGCGGGAGGACGGUUCCUCAAGCGUGCAAACGACAAGGAAUGGAAGGAUGUCGGUAACACCAAGGCUAGAGAAAAGACCAGUCAAGCUCUACGUGAAGGUGCUCCUGAACUACGAGGAGACGCCGUUCCAAAGAUGAUGCCCAAGCAGCAAAUGUUGAUGCCUACGGCACCUCCACAGAUGCCUCCUUCACCAGCUCCGGGACAGCCCAUGUCCUUUGUUGAGGCUAGAUUCCUUUCUGCUCUCUUGGCACAACAAGCAGCGCUUACCCGCUCUGUGGUGGUCAAUCAACAUCCACAGCAUCAGCACCAGCACCAGCAGCCACCUUCUGGUCAGAAUGUGAAUGUGAGUCAUCCUCCAAGUCAUCCUCCAAUGGCUCCGGCAUCUGCUGCCAAUGUCAUUCUUCCGCAACCAGAAUACCUGCAACAACAACAGCAACCACAAAAACAGUCGUUGCCACCCUUGCAACCACCCACAGCUGCUGUUCCGCAAGCACCAUCCACGACUCCAGCGGCAUCUGAAAAUACCACCACCCGCAAACGACCUGCAGUCGUAUCCGAUGGCCAUUCCGACUCGGAUAGCAUCGGUAGCAAUUCGUCGUCUUCCGCCAAGGGUAUUCCUCUGAAAAAACGCUUCAAAAUGAGAUUUCAACAAGAAUCCUCGUCAUCAAGUGCCUAA